GCGGGCCAGAAACAUCUUCCCAGCGCUGCUCUCCAUCUUCCGCCCUCUCUCCCCCGACAUCCUCCCCCCCCAUGUGGGAGGGGAAACUUUUCUCCUACAUACUUUCUAGUCUCUCUCGGGUCGGGAAGCACGGAGAUGACGGAGCCCGCCCGCCACCGCAAGGUCAUUCCAGCUCUGUGCUCCAAAAGUGGUGGCUUUGAGGUGUGACUCUGCCCACAUUUGGGCCCAGUCUGUGUCAGCUCCUCAGAAGAAAGAAGAAAACAGCAUAAAGGAGUGAUACCCAGAGAAGAGAAGAACUCAACAGAGUCAGUUCCUACUUCACGUGGAUGACAGCUUAUAACAAGGGGCUUGUUGGGACAGGAAUGGAGUUCUAUAGCAGAGAGUUCUUAGAGGCAUAAAACCUCGUCCCGAUGACGUCAAAUUCACCCAUUGGUUUAGAAGGCUCAGACCUGUCUUCCAUCAACACCAUGAUGUCGGCAGUGAUGAGCGUAGCGAAUGUUACUGAGAAUGGUGGGAGCCCCCAGGGCAUCAAGUCCCCCAUGAAGCCUCCAGGACCAAAUCGGAUUGGCAGAAGGAACCAGGAGACGAAAGAGGAGAAGUCUUCCUACAGCUGUCCCCUAUGUGAAAAGAUUUGCACCACCCAGCACCAGCUGACCAUGCACAUCCGUCAGCACAACACAGACACUGGAGGAGCUGACCACUCGUGCAGCAUCUGUAAGAAGUCACUGAGCUCUGCCAGUUCCCUGGAUCGUCACAUGCUGGUUCACUCUGGCGAAAGGCCUUACAAGUGUACAGUGUGUGGUCAGUCUUUCACCACCAAUGGGAACAUGCACAGACAUAUGAAGAUUCAUGAGAAGGACACUAGCAGUACUACAGCUGCAGCCCCUCCGUCCCCUCUGAAGCGAAGGCGGUUGUCCUCCAAAAGGAAGCUGAGUCACGAUGCCGAGUCCGAGAGAGAAGACCCAGCACCAGCUAAAAAGAUGGUAGAAGAUGGGCAGUCUGGUGGUUUGGAGAAGAUGGCUGAUGAAGUCUUUCGCUGCCCAGUGUGCUUCAAGGAGUGUGUUUGCAAAUAUGGACUGGAGACCCACAUGGAGACUCAUUCUGAUAAUCCAUUAAGAUGUGACAUCUGCUGUGUGACCUUCCGCACACACCGAGGGCUGCUGCGCCACAAUGCCCUUGUCCACAAGCAGCUUCCCAGAGACGCCAUGGGAAGGCCUUUCAUCCAGAACAACCCUUCGAUUCCUGCUGGCUUCCAUGACUUAGGAUUUACUGACUUCUCCUGUAGGAAGUUCCCUCGAAUUUCUCAGGCCUGGUGUGAAACAAACCUGCGGAGGUGCAUCAGCGAGCAGCACCGGUUCGUGUGUGAUACCUGUGACAAGGCGUUCCCCAUGCUGUCUUCACUCAUCCUGCACAGGCAGACCCACCUCGCUGCUGACCAGGCCCGGGAAAAGCUCCAGACCCAGACCCUGGCUGACGACACCACGGACCAGAAGGUCUUCCUGGCCUUGCUGGGCCUGCAGCACACCAAAGACAUGAAGCCUGCACCUCCUGAGGAGCCCCUGCCGGACGACAACCAAGCAAUACAGCUCCAGACACUCAAGUGUCAGCUACCUCAGGACCCUGGCUGCACCAAUGUGCUGAGUCUGUCCCCUUUUGAAGCUGCUUCUUUAGGUGGUUCUCUGACAGUCCUCCCAGCCUCCAAGGAGAGCAUGAAGCAUCUGUCCCUGCAGCCCUUCCAAAAGGGCUUCAUCAUCCAGCCGGACAGCAGUAUUGUGGUUAAGCCCAUUUCAGGAGAGUCGGCCAUUGAGCUAGCAGAUAUCCAACAGAUUCUAAAGAUGGCAGCUUCAGCUCCUCCACAAAUCAGUCUUCCGACACUUUCCAAGGCUCCUGCCACACCCCUUCAGGCCAUUUUCAAGCACAUGCCUCCUCUGAAGCCAAAGCCCUUGGUCACACCUCGGACAGUGGUAGCCACCUCUACACCCCCACCUCUCAUCAAUGCACAGCAGGCAUCCCCAGGUUGUAUCAGCCCUAGCCUUCCUCCGCAGUCCCUGAAGUUCCUCAAGGGCUCAGUCGAAGCAGCCUCCAAUGCUCAUCUGCUCCAGUCUAAGUCUGGGGUCCAGCCGAACACCACCACACAGCUCUUCCUGCAGCAGCCUGGAGUAGAGUUGCCAGGCCAGCCUGAGAUGAAGACGCAGCUGGAACAGGACAGCAUCAUCGAGGCCCUGCUGCCCCUAAACAUGGAGGCAAAGAUCAAGCAGGAGAUAACAGAGGGUGACCUCAAGGCCAUCAUGACCGGCCCCAGUGGCAAGAAGACCCCUGCCAUGCGCAAGGUGCUCUACCCCUGCCGCUUUUGUAACCAGGUGUUUGCUUUCUCUGGAGUCCUGCGCGCCCAUGUUCGCUCCCAUCUGGGCAUCUCACCCUACCAGUGCAACAUCUGCGACUAUAUUGCUGCAGACAAAGCCGCGCUCAUCCGCCACCUUCGCACACACAGCGGGGAGCGGCCUUAUAUCUGCAAGAUCUGCCACUACCCAUUCACGGUCAAAGCCAACUGUGAGAGGCACCUUCGUAAGAAGCACCUCAAGACCACCCGGAAGGACAUCGAAAAGAACAUCGAGUACGUGAGCAGCAGCGCAGCGGAGCUGGUGGGUGCCUUUUGCUCCCCGGAGACAGUGUGCCGGCUGUGCGGUGAGGAUCUGAAGCACUACCGUGCACUGCGCAUUCACAUGCGCACACACUGCAGCCGAGGCCUGGCUGGCUGCCCCAAAGGCCACAAACCUUUCGAGUGCAAAGAAUGCAGUGCCACCUUUGUGGCCAAGCGCAACUGUGUCCAUCACAUCCUCAAGCAACACCAGCACGUGCCUGAACGUGACAUUGAGAGCUAUGUGGUUGCCACGGAUGGUGGCCUUGCCCCCACAGACAUGCCCACAGAGGCCUCCGCCAGAGGAGGAGAAGAGGGCAGCUGCAUUGCUUUCGGGGAGUGCAAGCCCCUCGCCACUUUCCUGGAGCCCCAAAAUGGCUUUCUUCACAUGAGCCCCACCCAGCCCCUGCCUUCCCACAUCUCUGUCAAGCUGGAGCCAGCCAGCAGCUUUGCAGUGGACUUCAACGAACCCCUUGACUUCUCACAGAAGGGCCUGGCACUGGUCCAAGUGAAGCAGGAAAAUGUGUCCUCCUUGCUGACCUCUUCCUCCUCUGCCCUCUACGACUGCUCCAUGGAGCCCAUUGACCUAUCCAUCCCCAAGAGCGUAAAGAAAGGAGACAAGGACACAGUUGUCCCCAGUGACACCAAGAAACCAGAACCAGAAUCUGGGAAAGCUGAGCAGCAAUCUCCCUGCCCAGCACCCUGCCCUACCUUGUCAGUGACUGUGGAGCCCAGAGGGAGCUUGGAAAACACCACAGGCACUGUAGUGGCCGUCACCACAGCUGCUGACCUGGAAGCCCACACUCAGCCCCUCCAGGGCUCCGUGCGCCUGGCUGUUCCCAUCUAUUCCUCAGCUCUCAUUAGCAACCCUCCCCUCCUGGGCAACUCUGCCCUCUUGAACAACCCGGCCUUGCUUCGGCCAUUACGGCCCAAACCUCCCCUCCUCUUGCCAAAGCCCCCCAUGACAGAGGAGCUGCCUCCACUGGCUUCCAUUGCUCAGAUCAUCUCAUCUGUGUCCUCGGCCCCUACUCUGCUGAAAACGAAGGUGGCUGACCCUGGGCCAUCGAUCACCAGCAGUAACACUGUGGCCACAGACAGCUUAGGAAGCUCCAUCCCCAAAGUUGUCACUAACCACACUGACAUCACAAGCCCUAAAGAAUCCAGUGACCCUCCCUCUACGGCCAGCAGCCCAGAGGAAGCCUUGCCUACUGAGCAAGGACCCUCUGGCUCAUCCCGGAAGAGGGGUAGGAAAAGGGGAAUGAGAAACAGGCCCCUCACCACCAACAGUGGUGUGGACCUGGACUCCAGCGGGGAGUUUGCUAGUAUCGAGAAGAUGCUAGCCACCACAGAUACCAACAAGUUCAGUCCAUUUCUGCAGACUGCAGAGGAUGAUACUCAGGAUGAGGUGUCUGGAGCCCCUGCAGAGCACCAUGGACCCAGUGAUGAGGAGCAGGGUGGCCCUGCAGAAGACAGGCUGCUGAGAGCAAAGCGGAACUCCUAUGCCAACUGCCUGCAGAAGAUCAACUGUCCCCACUGUCCCCGGGUCUUCCCUUGGGCCAGCUCCCUCCAGAGGCAUAUGCUCACACACACUGGUCAGAAACCCUUCCCUUGUCAAAAAUGCGACGCCUUCUUUUCUACCAAAUCUAACUGUGAACGCCACCAGUUGCGCAAACACGGAGUUACCACCUGCUCCCUAAGAAGAAACGGGCUUAUUCCCCCCAAAGAGGGUGAUGUUGGAUCCCAUGAUAGCACAGAUAGCCAAUCAGACACAGACCCAUUGACCACCCCAGGUGAGGUGCUGGAUCUCACAUCACGGGAGAAAGAGCAGCCGCCAGCAGGGGGAGCUGUGGAGCUCAGCCCAGCCACCCAGGACCUGGCUGUUACAGAGGCCAAAGCAGAGGCAGCCCCUCCUGAGAAGGAAGAAGAAAAGUGGACAGAGGGGAACCCGGAUCCAGAGGAAGAACAUGGCAUGGAAGAGGGCACUGGGGAUGCAGAUGCUCCAGAGGAAGACACAGCCAGCAACCAGAGCCUGGAUCUGGACUUUGCCAGCAAGCUGAUGGACUUCAAGCUGGCAGAGAGUGAGGCGGGCACCGUGGACAGCCAAGGCACAGCCCAGCAGGACCAGAAGCAUACCUGUGAUACCUGUGGAAAGAACUUCAAGUUCCUGGGCACCCUGAGCCGCCACAGGAGGGCACACAGUUGCCAGCAGCCCAAGGAGGAGAUGGAGGCGCCUUUGACGGAGACCGAGGGCGCUGGCAGAGCAGCCGAGGGCCCCUCACCUUCCCCCGAGUCUGAGGAGAAGCCUGCCGAAUCCCCAGCAAUAGAUCCAACCCCAGCAACCAGGGAGGCCUCAGUGGAGAAGCAGAGUGAAGAGACAGAGGGUCCCUCCGAUGGGGAGGGCACGGCCGAGAAGAGGGGUGAUGGCGACAAGAGACCAAAGAUGGACUCCCCCAAAAGCAUGGCCAGCAAGGCAGACAAGAGGAAGAAGGUCUGCAGUGUGUGCAACAAGCGCUUCUGGUCCCUGCAGGACCUCACUCGGCACAUGAGGUCACACACAGGAGAAAGGCCAUACAAGUGUCAGACUUGUGAGCGAACCUUCACCUUGAAACACAGCCUCGUUCGACACCAGCGGAUCCACCAGAAAGCCAGACACAGCAGGCACCAUGGGAAAGACAGUGACAAGGAUGAACGGGCUGAGGAGGACAGUGAGGACGAGUCCACCCACAGUGCUAACAACCCUGUCUCAGAGAAUGAGGCCGACUCGGCUCCGAGUACCAGCAACCAUGUGGCCAUCACCAGGAGCCGGAAAGAGAACUUGGCCAGUUCGGGGAAGGACUGUAACCAGGAGGAGAAGGCUGCAGCAGAACAGGCAGCUGAGCCUGGCCACAGCACCCCCAAGGAGCAGGUGUCUCCGGGUGAGACAGACCCCGAGAGCCCGGCAGCCCUCGUGCAAGACUUGCUGGAGCUGUGUGCCAAGAGGCCUGCUCCGAUCCUGGCAGCCCCCGACAGUGCCUCGCAGCUCCUGGGGAUGGAGUGACAGCUUGUUCCGUCCCCAUCAGCACACAGACAAAGCUAGCAGAACCUCCCCAAUAGAGAUUUCACAAGAUUCCUCAGUGUCCUUCAGCUGUCUGGAGAGAGAGGAACGAGGGCGAGAGAGACAGGCAGUGCGGCCAACCAGCUCUUGUGCCAUAGCCUUACUCAGUGCGCAUGCUCCCGGCCCCAGUACCGGUGGCCUCCAGUGCCUUAACUACUUAUGGGUCCUCCCAUGUCAUUGUGGGUGUGACCCUCCCCGCUCAGUGGCGUUUUAACAAAAAAAAUAUUUUAAUGAAUUGUUGGGAGUAUCUCUUCAUUUAAGCAUUAACAUUACCUUUUGUAUUGGUGUGUUUGAGCUUGUUUUUGUGAACCUGUGAUAGUACUAUUUGUUCUGUGAGCUGGAAACAGAAGAAGAAAGCCUAACCCUUGGAUCCCCGUAGCCAAUAACUGGAAGAAAAUGAUGUGAAUUUCAUGUAUAUGACCGGAGGGAAGAGGGUGGGAGGCUGAUUUCUAAGCUAGACCUUUUUCUCUGGGUCACCUGGUGGAGGAGCCAUGGAUGUGGUCGAUGCAGAGUUCCAGUGUGGUGUGAGCCAAAGCCAGGAAAGAUUCUAGCUUCAACCUCACAUGUCUCCACUUUCUCCAUGUUAGAAAUGGUUACUGUUCAAAUUCUUAAUUUACAGAGAAGAAUGACCUAUGGAGGACAUACCUGGAUGUCACAUACUGAUUUUCCCUUCUCCUAUUCGAUAUAUGUUAUUAAUAUUAUUAUUGUUAUUAUUAUUAUUAUUAUUAGUUCAUCAGUUUGCUGGGCUCUGCAUUCAGCAGAAACAAAUGGGCAAUAUUUGUCCUGGGAGACCUGCACUGCUGUCUGGUCCCCACACAACAUGUGCCUGAAGCUUUUGCUGGCACAUCAGUGAUGGCUCCUCUACUGUACUCAGACAAGCCUUUCUUCCGUGACUGUAGAAGCCAGCGGGGCCACAAGUGGUAGGUCCUCCAAGCAUGGCCAAGGAGUGGCUCAAGAGAGGACAAGGAUGCACGUGUCCAGGCCACACCUGGGGCACCUCAGUCAGCAUGCCAGGCAUCCCAGUCUGCCUGCUGAGCCCGGGUCCCAGCCUUCCCCCAGCUGUGCUACUGUCCUUUGAAAAGCAAAGAGAUACUACUGCUGGUAAUGACCUGAACUGCAUGUGCAAGGUUUAGAUGAGAGGGCUGUCUUCCUGCACCUUCCUGCAGUGUGGGGUUCGCUGCUUGGAGAGAGCAGUGCUUUUCACUUCCUAACUGCCCAAUUCCCCAGUGCACAAAGGCAAGGUUCCUUUUAUUCCUGAGUGUUCUAUACAGGCAGUAGAUGUCCCUCAUUAGCAAGAAAAAACAAAAAACAAACAAAAAAAACGCUCCUACUGUAGCUGACCUCUGUUCAGCACCCUGCCUUUUAGCAGAGACCGAGGAUGCCUGAGCCACACUGCUACUAGAGCCCUGUGCUUGUCCCUUGCCUGCGGAGCCUUGAGACUUCCCUAAGGGGAGGUCUUCCUCUGCUCCACUUCUUACCCUCACCCAGUGGCUCCAUGUGCUCCUCUGCCUCUGAGACAUGCGUACCCUUUUGUCCACCAGUUUCUAGUGGCUAAAAUCCAACCACCCUGACUUCAAUGGAAGAUAGAUAUUCUAGAGAUGAUGAAAAGUGAUAUAUUUGCAUAUGAAAAAAAUGUUGAGGUAUAUAUGAUUUUUUUAAACUGUAUUAGGGAUGUAUGAACCAGUUUAAAAUUGAGAUUUUAUUUACUGUAGAGAGAAAUCAGAACCAAUGACCCCAUGGUCUUCUAAGUUAAAGCUAGCUCCUGCAUCCCUCAGUUGCUUUUUAUUAUUAUUACAAUUGUUAUUUUCAUUGUUGUUGUUUGGGGUUUCUUGUGUUGUGUUUUUCUUUGCGACUCCCCACACUAAACUCAUGAUACUGUGGGGAGAAAGCCAUGACUCAACUCUACGCUGCGGUGAGAUGUACCAGGGAAUGGUUCCCAGCAGCGGCCGUAGCCAGGGCUGCAGCUCACAAUAAUCACCAUUGAUUCAAAGCUUUAUGUAUGUAGUCUGAGCGAUUCCUUCAUAGUCACUAAGGUCUUGCCACAUUUUAUUAGUGAGAUUGAGAGAUGUAUUACUUGUUUGUCCUGCCCACCUUCCUCCCCCAUAUUAAACUGUGAAAUCUGUGAUUUGUUGAAACGCUGGGUGAAUCAUAGCUUAGUUUGCAUGUCCAGCUAAUUUGUUUCUAGACAUUUUGUUUGAUUCUCUUUCUCCUCAGGGCUUUUACAAAUAUAUAUAUAUUAUAUAUGUAUAUAUAUAUAUGGAUUGUCUGAAAAAAUUUUUGAGGUGCAAAUUUUUCUUUUUUUUUUUGUUGUUGUUGUUUUGUUUUGUUUUCGUUUUUUUCUUUAAUGGACAUAAUGCUGAGAUUCAAUCACUACAUAAAAUACCUGGCUGUGAAAGCAAGCAAAGAGGCCCCAGGGGGCUGUUUUCCUGGCAGCUCUGUGGUCGCCUCCGUGAGUCGGAUGCCGAUUUCAGAUAGCUCAUCCUACGUUCGUCUCUUUCUUCUCUCUUUCUUCAAGAAGUUGAUCCUGAUGAUUUCAGCCCACGCAUUAAACAGGAAACAAUAAUAACUGUAGAAUUCAUAUUUUUCUAAAGGGAACUUAAAAACUGCUGCUACAUGUCAUAUACAAAACUGGUUUAUGCCACAUGAACAGAAUCACAAGUUUGGUCUUGGUACUUUGUUCCUCUUUGUACUCAGUUGUAUAGAACUUCCAAAUUCAGAAUGAAAAGAAAGCUGUUCUGUAUCAAACCAUCUAAGCAAUAAAUGUCAUAUUUAAAAAA